AUGACUUUCCAUGAGACGAACCCCGCCCUCUCUUGUUCUCUGUAUAAAAGACGCCGCCAGUGUCCAGUCAACAUAGCUCCUUUCAAGCUUGACCGAAGCAGACAUGAAACUAAGAUCUUUUGUGAUGCAAUACUUUCGCUAUAUCAGGUAGUGGUUGUAAUCUUCUCGCUGGCGGCGCUGGCUCGGGCGGCGCCUCAGGAGGGCUACAACUACCCGACGCCCGGGGUUCAAGGACUGCCUCUGGCCGGAUCCGGCCCAGGUUCCGGACAGUUCUCUUCUGGGUCCGGGCAGCAAUACCCUUCCGUUCCCGCUCAGUACGCCUUCCAGUGGGAUGUGAAUGACGCGCCAUCAGGGAACUUCUUCGGCCACGGCGAGCAGAGGGAGAACGACAACACUCAGGGAAAGUACUACGUGCAGCUUCCCGACGGACGCCGCAUGGUGGUCGAGUAUUACGUGGACAGCAACGGCUUCCACCCCACCGUGUCCUUCGAGGGCCAGAUCACGGCCGGAGGUCAGGGCCAGUAUGGCCAGGGUCAAGGAGGAGGAUCGGGUCAGUUCGGGAGAGGUCAGGGCGGUGGGCAGGGUCAGGGAGGGUCCGGGGCAGGAGCAGGGCAAGGGCAGGGAUACCCACCAUCCGGUCCGGGUCCAAGCCCUGGCCUUCCGCUGCCUUCCCAGUCCUAUGGCCAACCUGCAAAGUAG